AUGGAAGACGAUCAUGCAUCGUCUGUGUCCAAAGGUGUAUUUGUAUUCAAAAAUAAUUUUAAACCGCCUUCGAGAAAGUCCAGCAAAUCCAGAAGUAAACGAAAGCCGGUAGAAAAUACCCUAUUUUCAUCCAAUGCCUGGUACUCGUAUUAUUCUACGUUAUGGGAGGAUAUCCAAACUAAAAUUCAAGAACUUAAUGAUACGAUCUUUUCAUCGGUACUGAUCAACUUGCUGGACUUCAUUAAAUCAAGUACCUGUCAAUGUGAAAACGAAGAAAUCCCAACAGCUGCUUUCUUCACCGGUAUAAAUAUGCCGGACCACAUGACACAAUUCGAAAAUCUCUCCAGUCAACUCAAGAAAACCACGACUCCUCAUGUGGCCUAUUUACAAAGCGAAGACGGCCAAAGUAUUAAAAAUUUAAUAGAAAAUUUGAUCAAACAAUUUGUCAUUGAAGACAUCGAAUGUGAAGAUGAUCUAGAAGAUGAAUCGCAACACAAGCAAAUAAAAAAGAACCUGCUGACCCUUCCCUAUCUCCAAUGUUGGUACGAGAACAAGUAUAAAAAAGCAGAAAAGAAAAAACCUCUCGUAAUAAUAAUACCUGACUUCGAGGGCUUCAACAUAGAGAUACUAAAGAAAUUCAUAAUAAUAAUAAGCUGCUACAUUAAAUAUCUGCCAUUUGUACUAGUGUUCGGCAUCGCUACAAACAUCAACACUUUGCACAAAUCUUUGUCGUACAAAGUAUUUUCGAAAAUUAGAGUGAAAGUUUUCCAUUCUCAAAGCUCAGUCGAAUACCUGAACAUCAUAUUGGAAGAGGUUUUUUUCAAAUGUCCGUUUCAACUAGGCGGUAACGUUUUCAAUUUGUUCUCAGAUUUGUUUCUGUUCUACGAUUUGUCGGUGAACAACUUCAUACAGAACAUAAAAUUCGCUGUGGCAGAUCAUUUUGCUCGGGGAAAUAUAAUGACUUUGUGCAGCCUCGAGCCGGAUGUUGUGAAAAGCGCCAUUAAGGAACUGUCCCAUGAUGAUUUGAAAAUGUUGUGGCAGUUGCCAUCGUUCAAAAAGUUCCUGGAAAAUGAAGGACAAGACAAGCAAAUAAAAAUGGUGCUAGAUGAUGAGUAUUUAGGUAAAAUAGUACGCAAAGAAAUUCGUAGAACGCAGGUUUACAUCAAAACUUUUCAUGUAUUUUUAAAGUGCUUGUUGGUACUCGUUGAGGAUUUGCCCAAAGCUCCUUUAGGUAAACAGAUGAGAGUAUUAUACGCUAUUGCGACCUCUGAAAAUGUCACAAAGACAACUGAUUACAAAGAAUGUAUGAAGCUUCUUAACUUUCAAUCGAAAGACGAACUUACUAGAAAGUUAUCAAAGAUAAUUGAUGUACUAGAACCUAUUGAUUUCAUCGAUGAUGAUUUGCUAUCAUCCCUUAAACAAUACAUUGAUUAUCUCAACAACAUCGAUGAAUACAAAAUGCCAGAAGAGCAAAGCAAACCAGGAGAUAAAUCUGUGCAAUUAAAGUCUUCCAACAGGUGGCAAUUUAAAGAAAUGCUUCACGAAUUGGCUAAAACUCCGACUAAAGCUUUGAAUAAAUACGAACACCUGCGAGAGGAAAUUGUUAAGACGCUUUCGGGAGCUUUUGAACACUAUUUAAUGGAACCUGAAUCAAACUUUUUGCAUGAAAUAUUUUUCUACAACAACAUAUCCAUCAAAAAUUACAUAGUCGGUUCUCACAGAUCUGCCAUACAUCACGCUCUAAACGAUCCCCACUUUUACUUAACGUGCGAUUGCUGUAAACUGUCAAAUAUCGGGUCCAUCAAACCUACCAUGCCAGAUGUUUGCGUUGCUUAUAAACUUCACUUGGAAUAUGGCAAAAUGAUUAAUUUGUACGAUUGGCUUCAAUCGUUUGUUAGUAUUGUAGAUGCGGAAGUUUAUAUGGGAGAUGAGCAAAUGGUCGUUAGACCCGAAAUGCAAGCUCGUUUUACUCAGGCUGUGUCUGAAUUAGAAUUUUUGGGAUUCAUCAAGAGUUCCAAGCGAAAGACUGAUCACGUCCAAAGGCUGACUUGGGGAGGUUAA